AUGAGCUCCGGACAAAACGACGAUAUGAACCCGUUUCAGAUUCCCGACGACGAGGGCGGCGCAUCCAAGUCAUCGCAACCAAAACAGGCUUCUGCAGCAUCCUCGCAAUCGUCAUUACGCAAUGUCACCAGCAACGCGAAUGCCUUCGAUCGGGUAGAGGAGGACGACGAUGACCAGGGCUGGACAGGCUCUUCUUCACGUGCUCAAGUCGACUCUGCAACCAAUGCGCCAUCCUCACCUUCUUCGACGCAGCGCGCUACCUUCGCCUCACCGCUGUCGAUCAUCGAGAUUGUCGAUGCACAAAAGUCUGGAGAUGGCGGCUCGUCCUAUAUCGUCUAUGUCAUCCGCAACGGCACCACCGAGGCUAAGAGGAGGUAUUCCGAGUUUGAAGCGUUGCGCGAGGCCCUCAUCCGUUUGCAUCCGACCAUCAUCAUCGCGCCCAUCCCAUCCAAGCACACGCUCGGCGACUAUGCAGCCAAGCAGAGCAAAGCCAAAGAAGAUGCAACCAUCAUUGCGCGUCGAAAACGCAUGCUCCAGAGCUUCUUGCGUCGAUGCGACAACCACCCAAAGCUUCGAGGCGACGAGGUGCUCGUAAAGUUCCUGGACGGUCGUUUCCACUGGAAUGAGAUCACCGCUUCACCGCCUCUGAUUCACCUGCCCAAGAACAAUCUGCGAGCGCCGGUGCAGAACCCUGCCGAUCCACACGCGAGCCCUGCAUACGCCCAUCUGCCAUUGCCUUCGUCAGUGACCUCGUUGAGACAUCCCAAUCAACGCUUCAUCGACUCGGAAGCCUUCACCAACCGAUUCGCGAAUCAUCUGUCCGGCAGCAUGGAGAAAGUCAAUCGCCGACUGAUGCGACGCUGGACAGAGGCUUCGACGGACUACGCCGAGCUGGGUGCUAUCCUCAACGGCUUCUCGCUCACCGAGUCCGGGCAGCUCGCGACAGCCAUCGAACGAACGGGUCAAGCAGCGGAUGCAGCCUACAUUGCGACCGGUCAGAUGCUCAAGCAGUGGGAGGAAAAGUUCACCGAGCCUCUGCACGAGUACACACAGUUUGCGGCUAUCCUGCAGAAGCUGCUCAAGUGGCGCCAUCUGAAGCAUCUGCAGUACGAGCUGGCGCAAGAUGCGCUGGAAGCCAAGAAGACGCAACUCGAGGAGCUUGAGAGGGUGGAAAACGAGGCAAAGAGGUUGGAGGAGGCCUUGGAGCGGGGAGGUGCAGGGCUGCUCAGCGGCGGUGGACGGGUGAGCGGCGGCGGUAUUGAUGCGAAUGGCAUCCGCGACGGUGUGGGAUCUGGCUUCCGUCCCUCUUCGUCCGUCUAUGGACGAAGUGGGGAUGACGGCACGAGCGCGAAUGGCACUGGCAGCAACGCAGCUAAGAACGGCGUCAACGGUGAAGCAGGCGGUCGCGCCUCCACCGACGCUGACACCACCCGAUCUCGCACCACCUCUCCGCCUUCCUCGCCCUCGAAACGUUCCACCUCCCGCUCCAGCGGCUACGGUCUGCUGGGCGCCAUCACGCACACGUUCCAAUCCGUCAUGGACGUCGACCGGGACGCCUCGCGUCGCAGCAACAUCUCGAAGCUCCGGGAAGAGAUUUCGCUCCUCGAAGAAGGCCUCUCGCUCACCUCGAACGACCUGCACUACGCGACGCAAGCGAUCCAGGCGGACCUCGACCGAUUCCAGCGCCAAAAGGUGAGCGACUUCAAGGAGAUGAUGCUCGACUUUGCCAAGAUGCACCGCGAGUUUGCGCAGACGAAUCUGGAGAAUUGGAAGGAGGCCAAGGUGGAGAUUGAUGCUGUGGAGAAGCCGGCGGGGAUGCCGGAGAGCAGCUUGUCGAGGCGGGAGAGGGAGGGGGUAAGUACGCCCGGUGCCGGUGGCGGGCGGAGGAGGUCCUAG